GGCGGGGCUUGAUAUGGGGCGGGGCCAAAGGGGUCCCUAUUUGGCCAUACCAGCCGUUCCCUCCCUAGUAGGUCCCAAGGUGGGCUUCUAGGCAGGGACUACGACUGGACUGAGGGCCCUGGACGCAUCGGCUCCGGCCACAAGGGCUGGAAACCGGGGCUGUCGUCUUCCCGCAUGGCCCCAUCUCUUGGGUUCCUCUCUCGGUCCAGACGCUUCCUCCUAUUUAACUCUGGGAGAAAGGCAACGUAGCGCUCCCUGGAGCCCAGGGAGUAGGGAACAGUAGGGGAGGCUGCACCGACUGGGUAGGUGCUGCAGGGGCUCCGGCCCUCCGGCUCCUCGUCUCCCUGCUGCAGCUGCCGGCAGACUUUUUCCAGCCCCUCCAGACACCGGUCCCGAGUUCCGGUCUGCCACAAUGUCUGAAAGAACAGAUCUCCUUCGCUUCAAGUUUGAAAAUUAUGGAGAUUCAAUGUUACAAAAAAUGAACAAGUUAAGAGAAGAAAAUAAGUUUUGUGACGUCGCAGUUCAUAUAGAUGAUAUUGAGGUUCAGGGACAUAAAAUUGUGUUUGCUGCAGGCUCACCCUUCCUAAGAGACCAAUUUUUAUUGAAUGAUUCCAGAGAAAUAAAGAUUUCCAUAAUGCAGAGAUCAGAAGUGGGGAGACAAUUGCUGCUAUCCUGUUAUAGUGGCAUUCUGGAAUUUCCUGAGAUGGAACUGGUAAAUUAUUUGACAGCUGCAAGCUUUCUUCAGAUGAGCCACAUUGUAGAACGAUGCACACAGGCCCUUUGGAAGUUUAUAAAGCCCAAGCAGCCUUUGGAAGGCAAAGAGGAAUGUGAACAGCAGAGUGAUUCUUCAGAAUCAAAAGAACAGCAGGUAGAUGACAGAGACUCACAGGAGCAGGAUUCCCCCUGUAUUCAACCCUCUGAGUUUAGUAUGGAUAUGGAAGACAGUGACAUUCAGAUUGUUAAAGUAGAAUCAAUUGGGGAGGUUUCAGAAGUCAGGAAUAAAAAAGAUCAAAAUCAGUUUAUUUCUUCUGAACCAUCUGCUUUACAUUCCUCAGAACCCCAGCACUGCUUCAUUAAUUCAACUGUGGAAAACAGAGUAAAUGAAAUUGAACAAAACCAUCUCCACAAUUAUGCUCUUUCUUAUGCAGGUAGUGAUAAUAUCAUUAUGGCCUCUAAAGAUUUGUUUGGUUUUAAUAAUCGUGGCAUAGACAAAGGCUUUCAGUGGCAUCACCAGUGCCCAAAGUGUACCAGGGUGUUCCGUCAUCUAGAGAACUAUGCUAACCACUUAAAAAUGCAUAAACUCUUUAUGUGUUUACUCUGCGGAAAAACAUUCACUCAGAAAGGCAACCUCCACCGACAUAUGCGAGUACAUGCAGGCAUCAAACCCUUUCAGUGUAAAAUCUGUGGGAAAACCUUCUCUCAGAAGUGUUCCUUACAGGAUCACCUUAACCUCCAUAGUGGAGAUAAGCCCCAUAAAUGUAACUAUUGUGACAUGGUUUUUGCACAUAAACCAGUUUUGAGGAAACACCUGAAGCAGUUGCAUGGUAAAAACAGCUUUGAUAAUGCUAAUGAAAGAAAUGUGCAAGACCUCACAGUGGAUUUUGAUUCUUUUGUUUGUACCACAGUAACAGAAACUAAAGGGUGUCAGCAGCCAUCAGAUGCAUCCCAGGUAUUAGAUGCAGGUAAACUGGCCCAGGCUGUACUGACUAUAAGGAGUGAUGGUACCUGUGUUAAUUAAGUAGAGUUCUACAUAUAAGUAAUGGUUAACCAAGAAAGCAUGAAGAACAAUUAAGUGUGACCUUGGGGAUUGGGUGGGGAGCAUUUUGGUUAAUUUGACUGGUGUAAACAGUUGGGGCUCAAUGAAAGCACCUGCUGAGUUGCUAUUGCUACAUUAAGGUGUUUUUACUCCCCCUUUACCCUAUUUUCAGUUAUACAUUUUCUUUCCAUAAGUAUCUGGUUUUCUUUCUCAAAAUUACUACACUGAAGGUCAAUAAUAUGGACUCCUGUUUCUGACUGGUUCCAUUUCUAUUUGUUUGUGGGGCAUGGUAACAACAAAUUAACCUCACCUAUUUUUCAUCAAUAGAUGCCAAGUUAGGAGAAAUGAAAAACACUGUAGAUUGUGGCUGAAAUUUUUUAAAAAGUGUUUUUAAUGUUUAACCUUGACUUCAGAUAGAGUGAAUCACUGGCUGCUCAAUAGUAAAUUCUUUUGUUUUUGUUAACAUUUUAUUUCUUCCACAAACUCCAUUUGAGCUCAUCUUAAAGUUCACAGGAAGUAUAUUUAGUUCAUUAUGUACUUUUAAACAGUAUUAAUAUUUUAUUUCCAUUUUCUAAGUUAUUCACAUGAAUCAGAUGAUACACAUUGUUUUUUUCAGUCUCACUUGCUUAUACAAGUACAGAUCGCUGUUAAUACUAAUAUAAUCACAUAUAAAAGACAGCAAUUGAAAUCACUGUGUUAACAAAAUGGAUAUCUUUGGUUUUUCAAUUAGAAUAUUACAUGAAAAGGCCAUUUGUAUUUAUAACAGUGUUACUUGUCUAUUGAUUUUCUUAAAGCUAGGACAACAAAUGAUAAAUGUACUUAAUGGAUGUGUUGAAGAAUAAUGAUCUUUAAAAAAAAAAGUUAGUUGGUAGUUGAUAUACUUUGUCAGGUGAGCCACAGUCAUAGUGAGUUUGAUUAAAAAAAAAAAAAAAAGCAUACUAUUCAAUUCUUUGUAGAAGUUUACGAAAUCUCCACAAAUCAUAAGUGCACUUUUCUGUAGUCAUAGUGUACUUCCAAACCUAAAAUAACUGAAAAAAUCCUUAUGAAUUACAAAGGGCACAUAUUAUAAUCAGAUUUUUCUUUUAAAGGUGUCCAAUCUUAUCUCCUUACCUGUAAGGCUCACUAGCACCAUGUUAAUCUAUUUGUAUAGGUUUUUUCCUUUGCCUCUUGAAUAAUAUUUUGGAUUCUUAACUAUUGUAUGACAUAUGAGUUAGAUUUAGAUAGUCAUAGCACUAUAGAAUGUUAGAGCUGAAAGGGACCUUAGAGAUAAACUAGUUGAAUUCCUUUUCACAGUUGAGGAAACUGAUUUCCAGAGUGGGAAAUGACUUACCCAAUAUCAUUUAAAACAAAGCUUUUCACUUCACAUGUUCCUCAAGGCUUUAUUAAUAACCAUUUGAUAUUCAAGAUAAAAUAUUACAUGUUAACUGGAGGUUUUAUGUUUCCUCUUUAAAUCAUUGCUGGGUUUUAGGCCAAGAAAGAGCCCAUUGUUUACUAGCUAAAUCUCACAUAAUAUUCAUUCCCAUUUAGAAAUUCUUUUCUACUUGAAAAGUAGUAGUUUGAAGAAUAUUCUGCUGUUACAAACUACUGAGAUGAAUUUGCUUAGUGAUAAUGCUUGUUUGCUGUAUUGUUCCUCCCUUUGGCAAGUAGUAAGAAUACAUAGUGGGAGUUGAAUGGGGAAUAAACCCAAACACUUUCUAAACUAGCUUGUGUUAAUUUACGUCAAAUUAAAAAAUAUAUAUAUUUUCUUUUUGAGUGCAUGUAAAGAAACUUAGAUGGUUUGAGGGAAUUCCUGUGGUUGGUAUAUUGAAUGCUUUAUUUUGUGACUCUAAUUGGAAACAUUGUAUCGAUCAAUAUAGUUUAAAAAAUACUUUCCCAUGUUAUUUGCCAGACAACUUAAAUGCAGAAUGUGUUGAAGGGUAGAGCCAGUAAGCACUUAACGCUAGUUAUAAUAAGCAGAGCAGAUUGUGAUGUAGCUGCUCCCUGACAAUACCUACUUUUACAAAAUCUCACUGAAGAUACCAAUGCUAUGCAACAAUGAGAAGUUACAACAGGAUAUUUAAACCAUUUUGUUUUAUGUUUGAGUAACAUUUGAUUACAGGAAAAUUAUAUGGCAUAGUCAAGGGACUUAAGUUCAUUAAAUGAAAGUUGUGCUGCCAUUCUUGUGAUGUUUUUGUCUUAGUGUAUUGACUAAAUAGGCAAGAGUUCAGAUUUACAGCUCUUUUACUGAAGACUAGAUUUCCUGGGUUUUUAUCAGAUAAUGUAGAAAAUUAGGGCAAGUCAAGUGCCCUCAUAUUUCAGAGGAGUAAAUAAAAGGCCAGGAAGAUAACUUGCCAAUGUAAUGGCAGAACUAGAACUUCCCAUAGUCUCAAAAUAUCUUAGGGGCAGACUCAAUGACAGGUACUAAAAAAAGUCUUGAUUCCCAUCCCGGCCAGUGUUUUCCCUGUUAUUCCACACUUGUCUCGUGUAGUUCCUCUUAGGAAAACCUUUAGUUUGCACUUCUCUGAAAAUAUAAAUCACUAAAGUGACUGAACUCUCCUCCAUUUGUUAGCUGGAGUGAAAGUCCCUUUCAUUUCUGUGAGAUUUUCUUAAUGAAGUUCAAUGACACUAUAUUAAAUUUGCUAUUUUAGCUAGAAUUUGAUUUUUUCAAAUAUGUAGGUUUCCUAGCUUGUAUUGAAAUUUGACCAGACUACUGAAUGACAUAGAAAACUAUUUGAAAUUCUUGUGGUAGAAAGACUAAAACUUUUUAUUCACUCAGCAUUAGAAUUUUAUAGAUCUUUGAUAUUAUAAUCCUAUAAAGCACAAAAAGAAGAAGGAAUCCUGUUAAGUUUUAGCACUACAGUUUAGAAUUUAAAAAAUUAAAAGCACUUGGUUGAAGUGACUAACAUCUAGAAAGGUAAAUUAGAUAUGGGUUUAACUCCUUUAAAAUUUUUUCACUAGAUGCUGUAUAAAUAGGGCAUUCCUCUGAGACCAGGUUCACCUUUUCACUACUGUCAAAUACAUAGCAAAGUACUUACUUCCAUUGUCUACUUUCAGCUAAUGAACAGCUGUCCUAAACUUGUUGUAUGUUACACAUACUGACUACGAACUACCUCUUCACCUAUUAUGAGGAAGUUUCCUUAAUAAAAGUGUGACAACUAAA